UGUCGUGGAUGAGGCUGGGGCUGCACCUAAUCCUCUACCUGUUGCUCCAUGUGGCUGUCAUGCACAUGCAUUCAUAAAGUAAAAUCCAACCCGUCCAUCCUAUGAAACUGUGAUUUUUACUCCAAAUUCCCAAAAAUCAGGAUGAUCAGUUAAUUAAAUGGGCUACACCAGAGGGAAUAAAUUGGGAGAUAACAUCCACCAUUUAUUUACAUGGACCCAUCAUAUUGUAUGUAUAAAUCAUAGUAGGCCCCAUAAAGUUUACUCAGUAUGCAAUCUGCAGACUCUUUCCUCAAUUUUAAUUUAUAUGAAAAUUUGAUUUGAUCUAACAUCUUAGCCCUUGAAAUGAUUUGGGCUUAUUACGCUGAAUACGAGCCGAUGCACCUUUUUUUUUUUUUUUUGUCCAUUAUUGCAAAUUUGUAUACUAGUAGGGAGCAAAAUGUCGUCUCGAUUGGGAAAAGGAGGAGCAAGGGACAUUGGGUGGAAACAUGUACGGCCAGUGGAGGGGAAUAAAUAUGGAGCCAUAUGCAACUAUUGUGGCCACGUGAUACGGAGUGGGGGAGUGUCUAGGCUAAAGGAACAUUUGGCAGGGGGAUACAAGAAUGUGAAAGACUGUCCAAGUGUAACAAGGCCAGUGAGAGAGGAGAUGAGAAGAGUGUUGAAUGAAGCGAAGUCACGCAAGCUACAGCAAAAGGAUUGUGAGAGGGAUAUGAGGGAGGAGCUACGAGGCACUAGACGGUGCCUAGGUGCUAUCGACGAGCACGAUGAUGACGACUAUGAGGGGAUCGUGUACCCUGAUGACUGUGUUACGGCUCGAGAAAGGAGUGAUUUUAGACAAGUGAUUCGUGAGUCUCGGGCUUCAGAGUGGGAGGGAGAGCAAAGAAGACGGAUUGAUGAGAGUAGGCCGUCGUUUGGGACCUCCCAACAUGAGGCUGAUGGGAGCAGCAGACGAUUUGAGGGAGGCAGCGGGCAUGGCCUACAACGCACGCAAAGCGCUUGUGUCCCAGAUGCACCCAUCGCAGGCGUUAAUAAAAAAAGAUUAAAAAAUGUGUGGAGCAAGGGGCUCAGGGAGAAAGUGGGUGGCGCUAUAUUUAGGUGGUUCAUCUCGAGCCAUGUACCAGCAAAUGCAGCAGCUAGUCCUCACUUCAAAAAUAUGAUCGAGGAGGUGCAGCAUGCCGGGCCCGGCGUGAAGCCUCCCACGCCACAGGAGAUUCUUGACAUCUACCUCGAUCGGGAGCGCGAGGAGAUGCAGGCUUGGGUACGUGGCCUCAAGCUGAACUGGAAGCAGUAUGGGGUAACAAUCAUGUGUAAUGGGUGGACAGGACCCACGAAAUUGUCCAUUAUCAAAUUCAUAGUGUACUGUAGAGGACAACCGGUUUUCCUCAAAUCCGUUGAUGCAUCGGCCAGAAUAAAAGAUCAUGAAUGCAUAUAUGCUCUCCUGAAAGGAGUGAUUAGAGAUGUUGGGUCCCAGAAUGUUGUCCAAGUUGUGCCGGACAAUGGCAGUGCGUUUGUUAAGGCGGGGAAGAAAGUGAUGAAGAAGUUCAAUCUCUAUUGGACCCUGUGUGCGGCACACUGCAUUGAUUUAAUGCUCGAGGAGAUAAGCCAGAGGGGUUCUGUUAGGAAAACCAUCCAGGAUGCGAGGAAAGUGACAAACUUUAUAUACAAUCACUCAUGGUUGUUGGCUGCAAUGCUUGAAUGUUGUGGAGGGGACAUCGUUAGACCAGGCGCGACAUGAUUCGCCACGAACUUCAUUGCACUCGACAGCUUAUACAGGCACCAUGUGGGUCUCAGAAAUUUGUUCAGAUCCGAGAGAUACAUGGAGUGGAAUCAGAAGAAGAUUGAGGGUGCAAAGACCUGUUCGAAUAUAGUGCUUUCCGAUACCUUUUGGGAUAAAGUUCACAACGUCGUUUCCUUCCUACAUCCGAUGUACAAGGUCCUACGAGUCGUAGAUAAUGCGAUGUGGCCUUCAAUGGGGUCAAUGUAUGAGCUUAUGAGAAUUAUGAGACGGGAUAAUGAUUACAAUCCCCACUUCGUAUCAGUGGGUGAUCAAUAUCAUCGAUCGUCGAUGGAUUGAGACUCUCGAGCAUCCACUCUACCAAGCUGCAUACUACCUGAAUCCCAAAUUUUAUUAUAAACGUCAUCUCCAUGAGAAUCAAGAUUUGACAAUGGCCGUCCACGAGGCGUUCGAACCAUUGUUCCUAGAAUCAACAGCGCAAGUAGAUUUCGGUAACCAGGUAAUGCAAUAAAAUUUCUUCCUUAUAGCCUCUAGAAAUAUGGGUGAUUAAAAAUAAGACCUGUGAAUCCGUGUUUACAGUUGUUGCGGUUUAGGGAUGCGAGGGGUACGUUCUCAUCCGCACUAGUAAAAGCAUCAACUGAAACGAUGAUACCGUGUGAGUAUGGUAACAUAAUUAGGUAAUUGCAUUUUUCAUUUAAACUUCAAACUAAAACAAGCUUCUCAUGAAUAUAUAGGUGAGUGGUGGGCGAUGUACAGAGUCGACACGCCCGCAUUGCAGUUAUUAGUAGUCUGUGUUCUCGCACAGACUGUAUCCUCCUCACCGUGUGAGAGGAAUUGGAGCACAUAGUUACUCAUACACACCAGUAAGAGGAACAGACUAGCAUAUGAGAAGCUACAAAAGCUCGUUUACUGCCAUUACAAUAUGAAGUUAAGAGAGGCAGUUGCGGGUAGACCGAGACAUGGAGGAAAAUCAAGACCCGUUAGACCUGUUGUUUAUAGGUAACAUGGCACAGAUAGGUGAUGAUGAUGAGGACCCACUUUAUAAGUGGGUCAAAUCAGCUGAUUUAGAUGAUGCGGAGGGAGGCCCUGCUCCACAGGUAGCCGAGGGAGCAGCGGCUCCGGGUAUCGAUGUCGAUCAGGUAGUAGAGGAAUAGAAGGCAGAUACAGACUCCUUUGAUCCUUUGGUGAGGCUUUCGGCACGUUCCAAUGAGGGUGAGGAAGCAUCUUCACGGCCCCCUCCUCAUCAUCAAGUCGUAGUGAGGGAUGAUGAUGAUGAGACUCAACCCCCACUUGACACUGGUCCUGAGGACGACGACGAUGACGACGGUGAUGAGGGAUGGGACGG